UUCUUCCUCACUCUAUGUCGUCCGGUCAUGGCUACUUGGGGCGACUUUCUGAGACUUCGUCAUUGGGGAAAGGCUAGCUCUGUGAAUUAAUUUGCGCCCCCGCUUGCUCAAGCCCCGCCCCCCUCUCCAACCAAAAUGGCCACACCAGCUAGAACCGUGAACAAAAGCCUGGGAAAGUCGUUCAAAAACACGCUGGACCUUCCCUUCAAACUGAAAUGGCCUGCCAUACCUCAAGAAACAGCCACAGAACUAUUUUCCGAACUUACAAGGGCACUAAAUGGAGUAAAAUUCACGUCGACGAACAAGAAGCUGAGGCGUGGGAAGAAGAGAAAAACGGAGGGAGAGGAAGAUGUUGGACGUCAACCAAAGAGACAGCGGGUCGACGAGGGAGGAGAGGGCACAGCACUAACAGAACAAGAACUCCUAGCUUUACCUGAACAGGGGACAUCCAGUGCAAACCCACCAUCACCACCACCACCACCACCAGAGGAGCUCGUGGCAAAACGUUCUCAGAUAGUGGUGGGCGUGAAUGAAGUCACGAGAGGACUGGAGAGAAACAAUCUGAGAGCUGCUGUUGUGUGUCUGUCAGUGAGGUCACCGCUACUCCACGAUCACUUGCAGGUGCUGUCUGCUACCAGGAACGUCCCAUGUAUUGCACUCAACGGAGUCAGUGCUGCAGUAGCACCAGUUUUAGGGCUCAAGAGGGCCAUGACCAUUGGGUUGAAGAAACUCUCUAGCGAUGAUAAAACGGACUACUUUUCAAGACUGGCUGAUUUAAUAUCAAGCCGGGCACCAAAAAUCACCAUUCCAUGGCUGCAAGCUUCAGCUAGAGCCACAAUAUCGACUGGCCCCAUAGCACAAAAACCACUAGCACAAGGAAAUUUACAGGAGAGUUUGAGUGAAGAAAAAAGCAAUUUGAUAGAAACUGAUUGCAAAUCGAAUCCGCAGGAAAUGACAACUGAGAGAGAAAAGGACCAUUUACCACCGUUUCCGUACUUGCCUCUAGCAAUAAAAAAGACAAUCAUCACUCCAAAGAAAAGGAAAUGAUAGAAACUAUUGAAUGAAAUUCUGUGCAAUUGUAAUAUGUAUAUGUACAUCAAACACAAUUAUUAAGCUAUAUUAUACACACAAUUGUAAGCGAAAAGAUUGAUUGUGACUAAUAUAAGGCCUAGUGGUUGUUGAGAAGUGUCAUAAAUCCACCACCCCCUCUGUCUCUUUUGAAGGGUAACGUAGUUGAUGACAGAGAUGACACCUCCCAGUAGAGGCUGCGAGACAGAAACAGUCGACUCAGAAUCACCAUGGACGCGGUUUGAAUCACAGUCGUUCCCACAGUAACGACCUGUGUGUUGGAAAGCAUCAGAUGUCACAAAGAUAAAACUGAAAACAUUGGAAUCCCUUCACCGUUCGCAGAGUAUCUGUAUUGAAACGGAAAACCAGUGGUGGAUAAGCAUGAGGAUGGCAGAAAUGAAAUGGAGUCCCAUGGCCAGUGUCAACAUCUGUAAAACCUUUUGAGAGAGUGAUGUCGCAGCAUAAUUAUUAUGACCCGCCUAGGUUUCCAUUGAAC